UCAGAGUCAUAGUUAUAGAAAACGCCGUUUGUAUUUGCCGUGGUUGUUAUUGUUAUUGCUGUCGCUGUCGUUGUUGUUGUUGUUAUUCGUCACUGCAUGCGAUAUGAGCGCAACCAACUACUUCUACUGCAAAAGGUAAAAAGAGGCAAAACCAAAUCGGAUAAGGCGGGAAACAGCGGCAGGCAGGCAGACAGCCAGGCGUGCUGGUUGGCAGGCUGGUCGUCAUAUGCAAAAUAAGCAGGCAACGCGGACAGAGAUAAGCGGAAGAGAAAACAAGCCAAAACAAACCGAGUCAGACAGUCAGUCGGACAGACAGUCAGUUAAGCAGCCAUCCAGCCAGCCAAACCAGGCAACCAGCGAAAACACAGAUAGACAGACAGACAGUCAGGCAGACAGACGGACAAACCUCGCAGACAGAGUAGGGAAAAAUAAGACAGACUCGAAGACGUCUGCUAGUAGAAUAAGCGGUUGGCUCUUUUUUACUUUUAACUUCGGAAAUUCACCAACUUCCUUCCGUUCCACACAGUACCAUCGAGACAACAAAAAAAAAGAAAGAAAAGAGACAAAGAAACGCUGACACACACACACACACACACACACACACACACACACACACACACACACACACAAACACACACACACACAUUCACACACACGCACACACGCACACACAGAAACGCACACACACACACACACGCUUACAAAUAUUGUAACAACAUAAGAAAAAUAUCAAUAAAACAAUAAAAGAAAAAAAGGAAAAAAGAAGAAGAAAACAGAUAUCAGCAGAGAUACGGUCUAAAAAAAAGUAUAACAUACUGUGAAAACACAUAACAUAUAUAAAGAGAAUUGACAAUGUCAUCUAAGAGUGGCGAACAAGGAGAUAAAUGAUACCGAAGUGAAGAAGGAAUGAGAACUGCCAAUUUAGGGAUCAGCAAGAUGAUGGACUUCAGUGAUAACCAGUUUAAUCCAGAGGACAUGGAAGAUCUCCCAUUCGACAUAUCUUUCUACGAAUACACUUUUGGGAACAAAACUGACUUUUCGAACAUCACCUUUCCAAAUAUUGAUUUCCGCGGAAACGGUUCUAUGAGGAUUGAUCGUUUGAUAGCUAUUAUUCUUUGCAUAGUUGCUAUCAUUGCCAACGCUGUUUCUUUGUUUGCAAUAAUGCAAUUCAAAGGUACAUUCACGGCCAAUAAGCAAUUGGUUACUAGCCUGCUCAUGUCAGAUCUAUUUAUCAGUCUCUGCUUUUUGACUGCAUCUCUCACCAACAACAAUAACUUCAUGUUUCCAGUAGAAGGUGAAGAUGAAGGUAAAUCAAUUUGUAUCUAUGCCGUUGUUGAGGCGUUAAUGAUCAGUGGACAGUUGACCAACUUGCUGAACUUAGCAGCAAUGGCUCUUGAUCAUUACAUUGCUAUUAAUAUUCCACUGAAGCAUUCUUAUUUAAUGGACAGACGUCAUGUUGGAAUAUUAAUUGCUGGAGUGUGGGUGCUCGGUUCAUUGUGUGGUUUCUCUGAUUUUCUUUUACCUUUCACACCUUUGUACAAGAACUGCAGGAAUCAGAAGUUUUUGAAUUAUUGUGACACGAUUAAGUGUACUAUGUUUGAACCGAAUUUCGUUUUAUUCGCUGUUGUCAUUUUGUGCCUCUUUGAAAUGGUUUUCCUUUAUAGCCAAGUAUUCAUAACUAUUUAUAGGUAUCCUCAACUGCAAACUCGUCACGCACCAAAUAUACGCCGUAACAACAAAGGUCUCGUUACCACAAUCAUUAUACUGCUAUCCUACAUAAUCUGUUGGUUGCCGUACUGUUUAAUGGAGUUGACUAUGACUAUCGUUAGUGCUACAAACUUACCAGAUAUGAUGAAUUACUACCAGAUAUCACAACAAGCUCAGUAUUAUCUAUAUAAUCUAAUUGCACUGAACUCUAUAUUUGAUCCGCUCAUUUACGCGAUACGUAUGCCUGACAUGCAAAAUAGCUAUCGUCGCCUAUUACGUAUGUGCAAAUGUAAAAAGCGAAAACCUGGCAUGCAUCAUAUUUCCAUGAUGGACCGAAAGUCAACGACAUCAGGUACUGUAAUCGUAGACAAUGCCACAGAAACCGGUGUUUGAUUAAUAUCAUCUUCAUUAAAGGGCUUUAUAGUCAUAUUUAAUAUAAUUCGAAUUCAAUCCAUGAAACCUUAUUUUCUGACAGUAAAGGUUUAUGUUCAGUAUGUAGCUUAUUGUAUUCACUGCCCUCGUAUUCGGACAGAAUACGAGGACGUGAAAAAAUAACUACUAAAAUUAAAAUCAUCCGAAUAUAAUCCGAGCGAUUUAUAACUGAGAAGAAUCCUAAAUUAGAUGAAAUUUUCAAGAAGAAAGGUAUAAAAUUGGAUGAAACUUACUUCAAUUAAAAUUAUCAAAGUAAACUUUACAAUCAUCAUAUACAGUGCCCAGCGGUAGAUUUAUCUUCGUUGAACGAAAGAAAAUCUGUAUUUUGUAUAAACAAUCCCGGUAUUUUCUAUGGUGAAUUCUGGGCAGAUGUAAGAUUUUACAGUAAUGAUUGUCUGGCAAACCACAACUGGCUUGUAGCACAGUUUUAAAUGCUUGCAAAUUGCCUGAUAGAAUGAGAUGUUACUGUGAAAAUUAGACAGUAAUGAAAAGAAUUCUGGAAGAUACUGGAAAUCUUCCAUAUGGAAAAUGACCAUAAAAUUUCCGAACCAUUUAUUUCAAUUUGCACUGUAAUUCAAGACAAUACAUUUUAUAUUUGAUGCUAGAUUUGAGUUUCAGUCGAGGAUACUAAUAAGUGAAAUAACCUGAAGCUGAACUAAAGAUUAUAGUGAAGCUCAAAUUUGCAUAAAAUUGUAAGUGGACGUUGUGUAUAGUUAUGUAUAUUUUAUGUAAAUAAAUUUCUACAAAGAGUAAAUCUAAAAUCUAUAUAACGAGCUGAAUUCAAAAACAGUUCAAUAACUACUGGGUCAAGUGACCGAAAUAAGUUUUCUACAAAUUUUGUGGUUCACGCUGUAGAUAUUGUUGCUAUGUAUUACACUCAAUAUUGCUGUUAUUGUUGUUAUUGUUGUUGUUGAGUUGGAGCUUUCAUUACGUAUUUGUGACCAUUGAAUUUGGCAUUAUUCAUAAUUUUUAUUCAAACAAGUUUAAAAGCAAAGAAAAAAGUAUUUAUUUCUCUCUG